AUAACAACUUCAACCUGGGACGCGGUCCCAAGAUAUUCCUUGUUCCCUGAUCUCAAUUUCACUUCAUCAUCCUCUUUCAUCACUCACCUUUCAAUUUUAUUUUUAUUUUUUGAAUUCAUUUCUUCCAUCUAAGGGGUUUCUCGAUUCGGAUUCCGGAUUGCGAUUGGGUUCUCAUUUUCGGUUUCUGCAAUUGAAUUUACAAGCUAGGGUUUCUAGUUCCCCAAAAGACCCUCGAUUCGAGAUGGAAUUCUAGGUUUUUUGGAGCUGGGGUGACAGGGCGCCCACAAAAGGAGGUCAACGAAUUGUUUGUGGGCUGAGCCUGCAACGAUUGUUAUAAGCUGGAGUUAUCACAAUGUUGGGUGUGAAUCAUAGUAGUGGCUUUAAUAUCUGUAGCAGUUUUCUCCACCUAGCUGAAUGGCACCCGUUAGAAUAGCAACGUUGUGUAGGGCUUGAAGCCCACUUCCUUCCUCUAAUAUCAGGUUUUUCAAUUUUUAGGCUGAGAGAUACAUCAAUUACUUUUAAGGUCCAUGCUCCAGAUGUUCAAUAAGACACUUUCUUUUACAGAUUUUAAAAUUUUUAGGCUUAGAUAUACAUCAAUUACCGAUAAGGUUGAAGAUCCGGAUGUUCAAUAAGACUCUUUCUUUUGCCAAAGCGAUGGGGUGCUGUAAUUGCUUCGGGUUCAUCAGGAGACGGAACAGUCCAAUGGCUAAGCCCACCAUCAACCAUAAUCACUCCCAGGAGCUGUUGUUGGAUGAUGACAUUGAAGAUGAAGAGCAUUCGUAUAAUGAUGAGGGUACUAACACAACUAGUGGAGAUGAUAGUGAGGUGCAAAUUCGUCCCAAGCGGUCGGAAGAAAUUUUGAACUUGAGAGUAGACAAUGGCAUGAUUUGUAGGCAGUUUCCUGUUAAGGAAACUCACAAAGUUGUUCGCACAGAGGAUGAAAACGGGAACAAGAUAAUAAAUGAGUAUAUUCGGGAGUAUAAGAUUGGUUCCGGUAGCUACGGGAAAGUGGCCCUUUAUAGAAGCUCUGUCGAUGGAAAGCAUUAUGCAAUUAAGGCCUUCCAUAAGUCUCAUUUACUGAAACUUCGAGUUGCACCCUCAGAAACUGCCAUGACUGAUGUUCUACGUGAGGUUCUCAUUAUGAAAAUGCUGGAACAUCCUAAUAUAGUCAAUCUCAUUGAGGUGAUUGAUGACCCAGAGUCAGAUCACUUCUACAUGGUACUUGAAUAUGUGGAAGGCAAAUGGGUUUGUGAGGGUACAGGUCCCGCAUGUGGCUUAGGUGAAGAGACUGCUAGGAGAUACUUGCGUGAUAUAAUUUCUGGAUUAACGUAUCUCCAUGCUCAUAAUAUAGUACAUGGGGAUAUUAAACCUGAUAAUCUGUUGGUUACUCGUCAUGGUACAGUAAAGAUAGGGGAUUUCAGUGUCAGCCAGGCUUUUGAGAAUGAUAAUGAUGAGCUUCGCCGAUCACCGGGCACUCCUGUUUUCACUGCACCAGAAUGUAUUAUAGGUCUUACCUAUCAUGGUAAAGCUGCAGACACAUGGGCGGUAGGAGUUACUUUAUACUGUAUGAUAUUGGGUGAAUACCCCUUUCUUGGAGACACACUACAAGAUACAUAUGACAGAAUAGUCAAUAAUCCUUUAGUACUCCCAAAUGAUAUGAAUCCGCAGUUGAGGAACUUAAUAGGGGGAUUACUUUUCAAAGACCCAAGACUAAGGAUGACAUUGCGUGAUGUUGCGGAGGAUAGCUGGGUUAUUGGAGAUGAUGGGCCAAUUCUGGAGUACCUCUGUUGGUGCAAAAGGAAGAGCUUGGAGAUAGAGGACAAUGUUGAGACCAAUAUGAUUGCUUGACCUAUACUGGCUUAAAUUUUUUUUAGGUUGCAUUUGUUUAUGUACAGUGGAAGGAGCCCAGAUAUUAUUUUUUUCCCCCGUUUGACUCUUUGCUGGUAUGAUAUGAUUAUGAAGGAAUCUUGGAAUUUAAGCAAAUAUGGCUCUUGUAGGCUUGAUAAGUAGAGCUGCAGAUUGUGGUUGCCCUUUGUAAGGCAUGAUAAGUAAGGUUGCUUAUUAUUAAUCCUUUGAUGCGUUAUAGCACGAGGUUGUAUUGUGUUUUUUUUUUUUUUUUGUAGGCCAUAUGAAGAUGUUGGUUUUUAUUUUUUUGUCUGAAAGAAUAUAGUGUCCAGCAACAUAGAUAAUUCUUGUAAUCGCCUCUUUACACGC